AUGGGGACUCUCUCCAUGCGGGUGCGAGGGACGGCCAAGGACCGGAGAGGAGCCGCUGUCGCCGCCCGCGCCCUAGCCCGCCCCGCCAGCUCAGCGCCCGCGCGGCAGGUCCUAGGGCCUAGCCCGCCGCCGGGCUGCCCGCGUAUCCUGCAUUCCGGGCCGAGCGCGCUCGCCCGCCUGCCCACUAGCUCCGCGGCAACCGCACAGUCCCACAACCCCAAGCCGGCCCGCUGCUUCAACCGCGAGAGUGCCGCGCUGAGCAGGCGCCGCCGGGCAGCCCCGCCGCCGGGUUUGAGCGGUCGGAGCCGCGGCUCCGCGCACCCAUCAACACUGACGACUAACCCUUCACGGGCGCGCAAUGCCAGGGGCGGGUCGCCGCCGUCACCACCUCCGCCCUCGCGGGCUGCAGGCCGGACUACAACCAGCUGCGAAAGCGCACGUCGCUUAGCGUUGGCGCGGGGCGGGACCACCGGCUGUCGCGGCCUGUCCGCAACAUCCGCUUCCGGGGCCUCAACCAUCGCACUGCAGGCAUUGGCAGGCCCGCCAGGCGACACACAGUUCCAGAGCACGGCCCUUACAGUCCCUGAGUCUCGGUCGCCCUCGGCCCGGAGCCCGCUGCCUGCGCUCUGCCGCCCGCUUCCUCGGCCAGUCAUGCUGGAGCAUCUGAGCUCGCUGCCCACGCAGAUGGAUUACAAGGGCCAGAAGCUAGCUGAACAAAUGUUUCAGGGAAUUAUUCUUUUUUCUGCAAUAGUUGGAUUUAUCUACGGGUACGUGGCUGAACAGUUUGGAUGGACUGUCUAUAUAGUUAUGGCUGGAUUUGCUUUUUCGUGUUUGCUGACACUUCCUCCAUGGCCCAUCUAUCGCCGACAUCCCCUCAAGUGGUUACCUGUCCAAGACUCUGGCACAGAAGACAAGAAACCAGGGGACAGAAAAAUUAAGAGGCAUGCUAAAAAUAAUUGAUUGGGUUUCCGUGAUUCAGCACCUGCUUUUGUUUCCUGUGAGAUGAACUAAAUUGCUUUCAUACCCAGAACACGAGCUAAAAUCACCUAUGCUCUUAUGGCACAGCUGAGUAUAGAUGUAGUUCUCUUUGUAUUUCAUUUCUAAUCUAGUUGGGUUUUAAUUUAUAAAUAGUUUAGACCCUCUCUUCAAAAUCUUGCUCUCAAAUGGAAAACAGAAAACAAAAGUAUGCAAAGUUUUUUUUCAGGAAUACAGAAGAAAAAUGCCUCUUAAAUGAUAGUACAAUUCAUCUACCAAAGUUUUAUAAUUGUUAUGAGUUAUUAAACCAUUUUAAUGUUUCCAAUUAAAACUCAUAGUGCAAGUCUGUGCCUAA